AUGUAUCACCAAACGACAUUUGCUGGUGUAAAGCUGAUGGAUGAGCCACCCACCAACUCUGGAGAAAUACCACAUCAGUGUGCCUACUGUGGACUCACUUACACUUGGAAUGAAAAUCUUGUGCGUCACUUACAUACUCAUACAGUAAGUAAACCACACUCUUGCGAAUACUGCGGAAAAACAUUUGCUUUGAAAACGGUGCUGGAUCGUCAUUUACCCAUUCAUACUGGAGCUAAACCGUAUUCUUGUUUUUUGUGUCAGAAGGCAUUUUCUGAUCAGCAUACCUUGAAAUGCCACUUGACAACACAUGCUGUGGAAAAGCCGCAUUCCUGCGACUUUUGUGAAAAGGCAUUCAGGCGAAAGAGUGAACUGAAGCUACAUUUACUCGCCCACACUGGAGAAAAGCCGUAUCCUUGCGAUUUCUGCGAGAUGGUAUUCAAGCAGAAAUACAAACUGGAUCAACACUUACUUAAACAUUCAGGUGAAAAACCAUAUCAUUGUGACUACUGUGAGAAGGCAUUCACUCUGAAGGCAUGCCUAACGCAGCAUCUACUCACACAUAGUGCAGAGAAAUUAUAUGCUUGUGAUUAUUGCAACAAGACUUUCAUUCGGAAAGAAUAUCUUAGGCAACAUGUUUUCAGUCAUACAGGAGAAAAACCGUAUUCUUGUGAUUAUUGCGGCAAAACCUUUGUUCGGAAAUUUGUCCUGAAGGGUCAUUUGCGCACCCAUUCAGGAGAAAAACCUUACGCUUGUGAUUAUUGCGGGAAAACGUUUGCAGUAAAACCAACGCUGAACAGCCAUUUACGCCUGCAUACAGGAGACAAACAGUAUUCUUGUUUUCUGUGUGAAAAGACAUUUGCCGCACAGUACACCUGGAAACAGCACCUGGCGACACAUACGGAUAAAAAGCUGCAUUCUUGUAAUUUUUGUCAGGAGACAUUCAGAAGUAAAAAUGAACUCAAACGUCAUUUGCUUAACCAUACAGGAGAAAAGCCACAUGUUUGUACUGUCUGUGAAACGGCAUUCAGACAUAAAUGUGACCUGAAGCAACAUGUACUCAAGCAUACGGGAGAAAAGCCGCAUGCUUGUGAUUCUUGCGGGAUGACAUUCAGGCUGAAGUGGAAACUGAAGCAACACUUGCUCAAGCAUACAGGAGAGAAACCACAUCCUUGUAAUCAUUGUGGCAAGUCAUUCAGACGGAAAGACCAUUUGACGCAUCAUUUACUUAUUCAUUCACGAGAAAAGCUAUAGUCUCGUGGUUGCUUGCAGUUGGACAUUUUUCACCAGAAAAAGAGUUGAAUCUUCUCAUUGGUAUAUCCAUUCAGGAGAGACUUUAUGUGGUUGUUGUAAAAAGAUAUGUAUUUUGUAAAAGAAAAGAUUUAUAUGUGCAAAAAAUUUGAAGCGCCUUAUAAAUACUAGGAAAAAGUUCCUGGGUUUUGUGAUUAUUGUAGAGUAAUCUUCAUGUGGAAAGAAUAAAGUGAAUCUGAUGCAAGCUGUUUAAAGAUAACUAAAGCGCACAUUAAGGUUAUUUUUUGAUUGCCAGCAUAAAAGUGUUUUUAACCAGUUACGUCCCCAUUUGAUGAGCAUAACGCAAUCUUGUUUUCAUCAAGGGGUUUUUCAAUUCAGUUUGAAGUAAAUGGUAAGAAUAAAAGGCAUUUUUUUUAGCUAUCACAAAAACUUUUUUGAAUGCUUUCAUUGGCCAGUGCCACAUUGUGUUGAGAUAAUUAAUUUCAAAAUAAUUUAUUUGUAACUCAUAUUGAAACAGAAAUUGUCUUUCUUGGAAAUUUACUUGAACAGAUAUUGUAAUUUGACCACGGUAGCAAAUAAGACACCAAAUACAAGAUCUCUCUUAUUUAUUGACUAUCAUCUCUACUUUAUCCUGACAGCAAAUUUCUACCUUGCAGUGAAUUUGGUAUGUCGUCAGGUUGUACUUAUUACCAAUUAUUAUAAGACCAAAAAUUUCAAACUAAACUGAAAUAUUUUCAGGCUCUUGUUGUUUACUCCUAAAAAAGAGUAAUUUAAAAAAUUGCACAAAUUUGAUACUACUUUUGUAAUGUUAAGCAAACAUAAAUCAAAAGCUAAAUCCAUGCAAAAAUUGAUUGUCAAGUUGACUUUGCAGAAAUCUGAGCUGUUGAAAAACAACCUCGUUUAUUUUUCCACCCUUUCUUUUUCAAUCAAUUGUUACCUAUCUGCGAAAUUUUUGUAUGAGAUACCUAUGCAUUUUUGUAGAAAUGGAUUCUUACCCAAGUUGCCUUUUUUGUACAAUUCAUGGUUACCCCAUGGUUAUUACGUUACAAUUCAUGGUUGCAAAUUUAGCGCAUUGCAAGCUAGCAUUAUUUUAGGUUUGUGGUGCGGUUGACAAUUUUAUGAUUGUUAACAUUUUCUUGUUUUCAAUAAUGUUUUCAAUUUGAAGAAAUAAAAUAUUUUUGCUUGAAAAUAAAUAAUGCAGCUAUCUGUUUUAUUUUAUCAAUCUGUUUUGUGAAAUUAAAAACAAUAUUUUAUUGCACAAGUAUUUCAGAAAUUCCUAUAUAUUUUAAGUCAAUGCUCCUGAAAUUUCUUGAAAAAAGUUUGGCAGCUUUAACUAAAACUUUCAUGCAAUCUGCUACAUCUGUAUUCCAUGCUAAAACUUGUUGUAGCAUUCUAGGUUAAUGGUAAAACGCUAAUUAUAUUAUUAACCAGCUGUAUAUUCAUAAUUGUACCUGUGCUGUAAAUUUAAAAAAAAAAGAAGUCCUUUGAGCUUAUGUAAAUUUUUCUUCCAACCCUUAAAUAAAAAGAAUU